CAAUGGAUUCAAAGCUCGACCUUCUCCUCCGCUCUUUCACAUUCUACAUCUCAUCAAUCCUAUCCAUAAUCCGCUACUUCCUGACAAGCUUCAGCCGUUUCAAGUAAAUCCCAUCUGCAUUCACCGUCUCCGACGCCUGCAUUUCGCUUUACUUUCGCCUCCUCGGCCUCUCCCCUGUCUCGAUCCACGUAGACGACGAGACAACCCUCCAUUUCUGGGCUAGUCGUGGCAGAAGUGGUGGCCGUGACCGGUCAUGAUCCACGGCAAGUGCGGGGACUCUCGCUGGCAGUUCAUGUACCAGGUUGGCUACCUGUCGCGGCGAUUCGACCUCUACAUCCCCGACCUGCUGUUCUUCGGCAAGUCCUACACGACGAGAAAGGAGAGGUCAGAAGCCUUCCAAGCGAAAUGCCUGGCGGAAGGACUCAGGAAGCUGGGGGUGGACAGGUUCUCGAUUUACGGGAUCAGCUAUGGAGGCUAUGUUGGGUAUCAUUUAGCUCACAUGAGUCCUGACAGAGUUGAGAAGGUUGUGCUGAUGAGCACCGGGGUGGGCUGCAACGAUGACCAGAAGGACGAAAUGGUGGCGAAACUCGGCAGAGAUCCUAAAGAGUUGCUCGUCCCUCGGACUUCAGAUGACCUGAGGGAGCUCAUGUAUAAGUCUGUUUACAAGAGCAAUUACAUGAAGCUGAUUCCUGAUUCUUUCCUUCAGGAUUAUCUCAAUGUGAGAGUUUUCAUUUGGAUAUAGGUAGUAUCCACAGGAAGGAAAAGAUGGAGCUGGUGGAUCACUUGUUGGCCAAGAACUCCGAUGCAGGAAGAAACCUUCCUGUUUUAGCUCAGGAUACGCUUCUGAUAUGGGGCAACAAGGAUUAUGUGUUUCCAAUGAAUCUAGCUUACCAGCUGCAAAGGCACUUGGGAUCAAAAGCAAGAGUGGCAAUAGUCAAAGACGCAGGGCAUGCAGUAAAUAUGGACUCUCCUGAUCAAGUUAACAGGCUCAUCAUAUCAUUCAUUUUGGGCUAACUGGUCACAGAACAAAAUUACUCACAGGAUUCACCAUUAAUCAUAUCUUUCAGCUCAAUUUGUUGAAUUUUUGGAUCAAAUAUUCAUUCUUGUAACAAUAGGUUCAUGCUGUGCUUUGAAAUUCAAUCACACAAAAGUACUUUAGAAUCUAAAAGUUGGAAGAGUCUGCGUUCGAUCAAGAGAACAUAGCAACAAACAAGCUCAAACAGCAAACUGAAAAUGACAAAGACUUGAUGUAGAGUUUUAAUCUUAGAAAGCUUACCAAGGAGUUGGAGCAGCCUGAGUCUUGUUUGGAUAUGGUUAGCUUUAUGAUUAAGUUCCAUUCUCAGCCUGAAAUCAACUGCAAAGCUUCCUGCUGCAACUGUCUUUUACCUG